CUGAAAUAAGCAAAGAACUGUAGAAGCCUUCGGCAAUUGAAGACCAGGCCCUGCGUGGACCACUGACCUCACCGCAGUCCAGGGCCAACCGGCCAUGGCAACCUCCGUCUAGGAUUCUAGGGCCGCCAGCACCGCACGUGCGUCCGCAUUCCGCCAGUCCGCACCAGCCACCGGCGCACCACGACUCUGCGGUCUACGGCCUCUGCUGCUCACAGCUCACUGCCGUUGAAGGCCUGAAGCCGUGACCCCAGUAGUCCAGUGAACUGUAAAGCAGCCAAGCAGUUUCAAACUCCCUUUUCAAAGCUUGAAGUUUUCUGGAUCCACCCUCGCGGAGCAUUGAUACUUCGUCUUCUGGACUCAUACUGCGUUUGCUAGUCACUGAGUCUGUGAUGUUGGAGGCUUGAGAGUAUGCUUGCGAGUGAGUUUCCCGUCCGCCUCAGUGAUUAAGCUAUUCUCGUCCUCUGUUUAGAAUGGCAGUGGCGUUGGAAGCCAAAGAUGCGAUAGAAUGGUCUUACAAGGGAGAAGGAGGCGCCAAUCUGAUUCUUUCCUACUGCGGAAGAUCUCCUCAAUUUGUUGGCAAAGUUUUGAGGGUACAAAAGGUUCCAACAAAUGGGUCGGAAUGUCAAAGUGGUCAUCUAGGCUUAACUAUGCAUGAAAGCCAUCUUUGGAAAGAUGUCAAAGACCUUGUAUCUGCCCCUACAAGGGAAAUUGCAGGGCACUUCUUUGUCCAACAUGUGAUGCGUCCAUUAUUGGGUGCUAAACAUGUUGAUGCUGGGGUUCACAUCAUUGUAUCCAGAGAAUUUUUGGAAACAGUUGAAAAGAAUGCUUUUUAUGUACGCCCCUCUUGGCGGGUAGAUGCAACUAAAGUAAAUUUCUUGAGUAGUUAUGCUAUUCUGAUGCCCGAUCAUUCAACAUUCCCCCAUGUUGCACCUAAAGAACAUUGCAUAUGUGUUGAGAUAAAGCCCAAAUGUGGAUUUGUUCCAAGUUCUGAAUUUAUUUUAGAAAGAAAUGCUGUUAAAAGGAGAACUACUCGUUUCAAAAUGCACCAGACUCUGAAGUUUGUUCAAGGCAAGAUAUCAUAUAUAAGUGAAUAUGAUCCCCUGGAUAUGUUUUCUGGGUCCAAAGAAAGAUUGGAUAAAGCAAUGAAUGAUCUUUUAUUGACCCCACAAAAUAACUUCCGAGUUUUUCUGGAUGGUUCUCUCAUAUUUGGCGGUCUGGGUGGUGUUGCGGAACCUACAACAUCUAAAGUUUGUGAGGCAUUGGAAGAUGCACUUAAGAAUAUAAUUUUGGCAGAAGAAGGGAUGCGUACUAAUUGUUUUCUUGAGCUCAUCUCUGAGGCAGUUUUAAGUUCAGGAGUACUAAAUAGACUUCUUGAAGUCCAGAAGCUUGACGUUUUUGACAUCGAGGGUGCAAUUCAUGUGUAUUAUAAUUUUAUUUCACAGCCCUGUAUGGUAUGUAGAGAAUUGGGCAGCAGCUUUUCAAAAAGAUAUGACACCUUGCAUUCUAUUUCAAUGGAGGAAAGUGGGAAGAUAUUGAGGGACUUUUUAAUAGCUACUACUGCGAAGGACUUGGGUGUGAUGAUUAGCUUCAAACAUCAGGAAGAUGGGAAAGGGGAGUCUUCAUAUAAUCAUGUCUCCUUAAAGUCAACCAAUCAAAAUUUUGAUUACAAGGUAGCUUUCAUUGAUCUGGACCUGAAGCGUUUGGAUAAGAUGGAAUUUUACUAUGAGUUGGAUCAGAAGAUUGUUAGCAGUUAUUUAAAGAUGGUAAAUGCGGAAAGCCUUGGCAGAAUGCCUCAAUUGGACACACCAUGAUAAUAAUGUGGUUGGAGAUUAAUAAAAAAAACUCAAGUAAGGAAUAAAUCAGGCUCUUCACAAUUCCACACCUACAACAUGUGAUAUUUAAACUACUGCCGCAAGUUUCCAUCUCAAGACUACAUCAGUUAUUUAUUUAUUUAUUUUAUACAAUUGGGUUUGAAGGUCAUUCUUUGCUAUUGAUACUUGUGAGGCCAAUAAUGCUUGAUCCUAUAUAUAAAUUCUUGAUUUGAGUAUGGUAUGUGGUAUGUACUAAAUUUGUAAUUUAUUUGAAUCGUUCUCAAAUCUCAAUCUGAGUAUGAUACAUGUUUAUUGUAAAUUUGUAAUUUAUUUGUAUCAUUUUCUCUCACAAGUGAGUUAUAAAUUUGUAAUUUAUUUGUAUCAUUUUCUCUCACAACUUCACAAGUGAAUAAUAAGCUUGUUACCAAUGUUAUGAAGCAA